CCCACAACGACCCAGCAGGAAACCAAAGGCAAGCUCCCCUGCCAAAGCACCUUGGCCCACAGAAGAGAAGGGCGAGCCCCAGAUAUGAGAGCUUUCAGGAUUUGAGUUUAGAAGGUGACCAGCCCCAGCUCUCCUGUAAUUCAGAAACCAGUGCCUUGAAAGGCCCGCCAUUGAACGCGCUUCACCUGUAAACACACUCGAGGCGGGCGAGAGGGCUGCAGGACUGUAAGUACGGUGGGCACUUUUCAUCCACUUGAACAACCAAGGAAACCAUCCUAGCAACAGGUGCUUAUCUUUUUCCCACCGUGCAAAUCUCCAUUGUCGUUCAUGAAAAUGUUGAAUUCGCAGCACAAAGCUCGGCCGGAGCGCCAAAUAGUUGGGUCAACCAACAGGUGGCGUUUCCCUAAGGAGCCUUUCUCCGGGGACUUGCUUGCACUCUCCCAGAGGUGCAAGGCUCUCAGUGCAGACUUCGAUGAAGUUCUGAAGAGCCCUGACAGGUUAAAUAUUUCACAAAUUCAGAAAAUUCUCUCUGGGAAUUUCAAGGAUAACACCAUCCAAAGCAGGGAGGCAGAUGUGAUUCUUGAAUGCCUGGGCCUCAAGUGGGAACUCCACCAGCCUCAGCUUUUUCAGUCCAAGACCUUGGCCAACCUUUACUUGGUGGCCCUAGGACAGAGCACCACCAAUCCCAUGAUGGAACUGAACAAGCUUCUGCGAGCUUCAUCACCUAGGAAUACCAAAGACCAGUCCUCUGUGAAGAGGAUCUUCAUUUCCUUGAAGAUCAAUGACCCACUGGUCACCAAAGUUGCCUUUGCCACGUCCUUGAAGAACCUCUACAUGAGCACUGCGGAGGUGGACAUAGACGACGUGCUGGGAGUGCUGGCUUCUGCUCACGUUCUUCAGUUCAGCACCCUGUCUCAAAGGUGUAUAACCAUGAUGAUAAAGGGAAUCACACCAAGCACCAUCAAGAACUUCUACCUCGCUGGCUGCAAGUACAAAGAACAGUCGCUCAUCACCGCCUGCGAAAAGUGGCUAGAAAUGAACUUGGUCCCUCUGGUUGGGAAACAGAUCCACCUCCGGAAAAUCCCACAGGAGCUGCUCCACAAAGUGCUGAGGUCCCCCAGCUUGUUUAUCUUCAAUGAGUUUCAUCUUCUGAAAAUAAUACUGUUGUGGGUCUACUUGCAAGUAAACCACAAAAUUCAGGCAAUUCCAAUCUAUGAAACCCUGCUGGCAUAUUUUAACAGCUUUCCCAAGAAGUGUUGCUUUCUGGAACGGGAUGUAGGCAGAGAUUUCUUCCUCUGCUUGCGUAUGCAUGCCAUCACUAGAGGCAAGGAUCUGCUUGAGUUAAAGCACAUUAACUUCUUCCCGGAGUCAUGGCUGGUCCGGAUUACAGCCAGUCACUACCACGCACUGGAGUGCGGGGGUGACAUGGCCCGCCUGAAAGAUCUUUCCACCCAGGCUGUCAGAUUUGGGAUGCUCUUUGGCCAGGAGUACACGACUUACUCAGAAAUGAUUGCUAUAUAUGGAUUCUUCUUUGAGCUAAAAGGAAUCAAACAUAAUACAGCCUCUUACAGUUUUUACAUGCAGAGAAAAAGGCACACAGACAUGGAAUUUGCCUCCGUGGCCUUAAGCCCUGUUAGCGUGAGAACAGAACGCUUGGUGAAGUACGAGAUCAGAGCCCAGGCCCUGGUAGACGGCAAGUGGCAGGAGUUCAAGACAAACCAGAUCACGCAGAAGUUUGGGUUCACCAAGCCAUCCUGCAAAAGCCACGCCUUGAAAAUCCAAACUGUGGGCAUCCCAAUCUAUGCAAGUUUUGCAUUCAUCUUUCCAGAAUCUUGACAAUUUCCAGAAGAAUCUAUGGGAUUUUUUUCCCCCGCACUGGUCUGCAUAGAAGAAAAUAAAAUAGCAUUAAAGGAGGUUCUCAAGUGCCCAGUUGACUUCAGUAGUUAGC